GUACUCAAGAGUAAACUUAUGGAAAUUUGUUUACAUUUAUUGUGCAUGAAUUUUGCACAGAAUGGUAAUUAGAUUUUUCAAACUAUUCUUGCAAUAAGAUGCAUUUUUUAGUUUGCAAUAUUGAAUUAGGAGGUAGCUAUAAUGUUGGAAUACGCAGUGAAAUAGGAGAGUGUGGCAAAUAAACAAAAUCGUCGUAGAAAGGAUAUUUUUCCACCGGCACCUAGUAUGCGCCUUUGUUUUCUGCCUCGUUUAGCCGGAACAAUCCGGUUUCGCUGCUGCUGCUUGGUGACUAUUUUAGCGCUAGUAACCUUUUUAUACUUGCUUGUGAACAUGAUAAUCACGCAUUCAGCCAAGAACCAAUGCGCAAGAUGCUACGAGGCUAUUGAUGUCGUGUACACAUGGGUGAAUGGAAGCGACCAAAAAUUCCUCGACAAAAUCAAACUAUACGUGGACAUACCGGACCGCGCUCGAUAUGAUGAUAAAAAUGAACUCAAAUACUCGCUGCGAUCGCUGGAGAAAUAUGCACCCUGGAUCAGGCAGAUUUUCAUCGUUACCAAUGGCCAAAUUCCCUACUGGCUCAAUCUAGACCACCCACGCGUGCGACUGGUUCAGCAUGAGGAUAUAGCCGAUGAUGGAACGUUGCUUCCGACCUUUUCCAGUGCGACGAUUGAAACAUUCAUUCAUCGGAUCCCAGGACUUUCGAAGAACUUUCUGUACAUGAAUGAUGAUAUCUUCCUGGGUGCUCCGUUGUUUCCCGAUGACUUGAUGACUCUCUCGGAAGGGGUGAAAAUUUUCACUGCCUGGCUUGUGCCGGACUGUGCUCCCGAUUGCCCGUGGAUGUUCGUAGGUGAUGGUUCAUGUGAUAGUCACUGUUACCUGGAGGAGUGUCAGUUCGACGGAGGGGACUGUGACCACCCGGACUAUCAGGAACAUGAUCAUGAACAUGACGACGAUGAGUACCGCAUGAUGACCGAGGGAGAAGAUACGUUUAUCGAUGAGCUCAAGCGAUCACCUCGGGGUGCGAAGAAGCCAGAUAAUAGUCACGAUAUAUAUGAGGUGUUUCGACAGUUCAAUGCUUCGUCCACGAAGCAGCUGGUGGAAAAGUUCAAUAGAGAUAAGAUGAAGAGUAGCAAGCUGAGCUCCAAGCGAAAUGCACCAAAAAGUGACAGCGAUGCUGAGCAUGAGGUGAAAAGCGAGGAGCGAUUCGCUAGUUCUCAGGAUAUUUUCGCCCAUUCAUUGAUCCACACGAAUAAAGUGUUCAAUCGUGUGUACGGGUUUAAGAAUAGGAAAGUUCUUGCCCAUGUGGGGUUUUUGCUGAAUGUGGAUGUUGCGGAAGCCAUGCUGAGGAAAUUUCCAAAUGAAUUUGCGGUUACCAAGCAUCAUCGGUUUAGGGCGAAGGACGAUAUGCAGUACGCUUUCAGCUAUUAUCACUUUUUGAUGAGUGAAAGUAAAAAUAAAAGUUUGUCGGAAAUAUUCGACGAUUUCGAUACCGAUGGAUCUGGCACGUGGUCCGAUCGAGAAAUUCGUACAUUAUUAGCGAAAAUUUAUAGUCUUCCUUUGGACUGGUCCGCUGUUAGAUACUUCGAGGAAGUGGUCACCAACUGCUCUCUACUGCAGAACAAUUUUCUUCCGCUGGAACACCAACCGGAACAGAGGCUCAUUCAUCCGACUUUGGUGUACGAACGCUACGAAGAUUCCACUAUCCCAACUGUUACCAAAGGUCUAGUGCUGGGAUGUCACGAGCUAACCGAUAUGAUGCGAGCGAAUUUCGGUCAGGUACCGUUGUAUCGAUUCCACAUCAACCAGAAGACGGGCAUCUUCAGCAAUUUUAAAAUGUUAACCUCCAACAUCACCCAGGUGGUAGAUGCGCUGGAUGAGCUGCGCAAAAGUCCAAAGAAGUUCAACUGCAUCAACGAUAAUCUCGCCGAAGAAAACGCCGAGGAGAACCAACUGAUCUCAGCCCUGCUCGAGGACUUCUACCUCUCUCUGUUUCCGGCUCGCAGUCAGUUCGAGCUGGAGAAUAACUAUCGCAACAGAUUUCAAUACCACAGUGACUACAAAGCGUGGCUUGCCCGAAAAACGCUGCUACGCAACGCAGUCUACGCGGUCUGCUUGCUGGUUUUUGUGGUAUGCACUAAAAUGCUUUGCUUUCGGCACAAAGGAAAGUUUGCUCGUACGCUGGUUUUCUUCAGCAGCAGUAGCAGAACUGACUAUAGCUCAAUCUAGAAAGUCUUUUCGUUUUUUAAUUUAUUCAGGCUUUACAAAUUACGACAUGAAUAUAAACUCCAAAUUAAA